GAGUAAUGUUUCUUAACCAACCUGACGUAUGCGAAUAUUGGAAUUCAGUUGGCUUUUUUAGACUAAUCGGGGAAGUAGAUAUGAGCUCGAAAAUAUUGAAGUCGAUGGCUACCACAGCAUUUGAAUAUUCAACUACCGAUCUGCGUGUGAGUGCUACUGGAAAUAAGACUCGAUUUGAUGAGCUGGUGGAGACUCGAUGGAACCAACACAUGGAUGCGGGACACUUCCGGUAUCCGUUUUCGUCCCCUGAGAAGAUAAAUGAGAGACGUCCUCAGUUGCUCACCGAGACUUCGAUUCAAGUAGCCUUUGAAACCAUGCUUCUGAGUGGAAGUUCAAGCCUCAGGUUGGGUUUCAACAGUUUGUGUGCAUAUGCUAGUGUGAACCAUCAACAUUGGCAUAUGUACUAUUUGGAAAACGUCAAACUUUAUCUCGAAACCGCGGAGGUUCAACCUCUGCCAGCGACCAAUGGCCGAUGUUAUGAGUUACUCGAUUAUCCUGCUCCUUGCUUUGCUUUUCAAAUGAAGAGUGUUGAAGACAUUGUCGCAGUUUCCAAGUCUGUGCAUUUACUAAUUGAAUAUCUAAUUCGCAAUGAUAUCGCGCAUAACGUAUUCAUGACUCGAGGUCAAAAUUUCGACCGCGAUUCGAAAGAUCAAGUCGUCCGGGUGUUUGUGUGGGGCCGGGAAAGCGUGAUAGGAUCCAAGGACCCUGGUGCAUUUGUGAUUGCUGUUUGCGAACUGGCCGGACAGAUACUCAUCUACCAAGAAGAAUUCUUUAAAAAUGUGUCUGAGGCGGACGUUGCUCGAAAGCAAAGAGAAGCGACACAGUUUGUGUUUGCAAAAGUGAAAAACGACCUUUGUAAUGUGUUUUCGUAAUUUGAUAGAACGGCUCAUCAUCUCCAAGAAUGGAUCCCGCUUCCGGUUUCUUGGUCCAAGAUUGUUUGUGUUUGUGAACCAACCCACAAGAUCAUAGUUUUCAGUGUGAUUGAUUUAUCUUGCUGAUUUAGCAUCUUGAGCACCAUUUUCCAGUGACCAACCAUAGAUUGAUUGACUAAAGCAUUUUUUAUUGUCCUUCAAUAAACGUCCAAAUUACUUAAGUGGAA